AUGCCCGUGAGUACAACCCGAGUAUCCCCUACAGCGAUCUCGACGCUAGAGCCUAUCGCUCGCGUCACAGACCUCCAGAACCUUUACGCAUCCAUCGACAAAUCCAAUGUGCUCAACCUGAAAGUGCCCGAGGAUGCACAAGCGGUAAUCAAGCCCUGGGACGAGCGGAACGACACGAGCGUGUCAGCACAGUCGAACGUCGAUGCCCAGGCGCAGAUAAUAAUACACGUUCCCUUCACGCAGAACGUGCGCGUACGGUCUGUCUUGUUGGAACUCGGGCAAGGAGAAGAGACACUGCCGAAGUCUAAGAUCCAUCCGAUUGUUGUCUCGCGACACCCGGAUACUGGACCAGACGACAAUCUCACGAUCAAGAUUCACGGCGGGAUCAUCAAGCGUCCGCCACCCAGAGCGGGUUCGCAAAACAGCUUGGGACACGACAUGCGGAAGGGUUCUGCAACAAUAAAUUUUCUAAGCGGUCUCGCUACUGCCUUCCGCCGGGCGCUUUCCCGCCGCGAUAGGCUCCUGCUGUUCAACUUCCUGAUGGCCGCCAAUACUGACCGCGAAAGCACGAUCAGCCAUUGCGUGCUGCUAGUAUGCCAUUCCUUCCAGCCCGCACUUCCACUGUGCAAUGACAUCGACUAG